UUUAAUGCCAUAUUUUUUUAGGGACAGCCCUGUUUAUGAUAAAAAAUCGAAUAGACUUAAUCGACUAUGUUUCCAUGAUUUCUCCAACGCAAGCGAAAUUCGUUUUUCGAAAGCCAAAGUUAUCAUACAUAAGCAAUAUUUACGUUUUACCGUUUGAUAGAAACGUUUGGAUUUCACUAGGAGCACUAAUUGCACUGAUGACAGUUGCGUUGUUUAUACUGACAAAAUGGGAAAUCAUAAAAAUGAGGCAUUUAAAAGAAAAAGACUCCACUUAUAUAAAUCAAACUACUUCAAUUGGAAAUAUUUUUUUCUUAACGGUUAUUGCCGUGUGUCAGCAAGCAUCAAUGGUAUUGCCAUCAAGCAUUCCAGGAAGAGUGGCAACUGUAUUUUUAUUAAUAUCUUUAAUGUUUAUUUAUGUUUCUUACUCAGCGAAUAUAGUGGCUUUGAUUCAAUCAUCUUCAUCAAAUAUACAAACCUUAGAAGAUUUGCUAAAUUCAAGAAUAACAUUGGGAGUUGAUGACACUGUUUACAGCAGAUUUUACUUUCCUAAUGCCAAAGACCCAAUAAGAAAAGCAAUAUAUGAAAAGAAAAUAGCCUCUCAAGGAAAAACCGGUGGGUUUUUGGAAUUUAACGAAGGACUUAAAAAAUUGAGAGCGGGUAUUUUUGCUUUUCAUAUGGAACUAGGUCCUGGUUAUAAAGCUAUAGGCGAACAAUUUACUGAAGAUGAAAGGUGUGGUCUUCAAGAAAUUGAUUUCUUAAAUACCAUAGAUCCAUGGUAUGCAAUACAAAAAAAUUCCUCCUACAAGGAAUUAUUAAAAAUUGGAUUAAGGCUUAUAAGAGAAAGUGGAAUCCAGCAGAGAGAGAAUAACUUAAUAUAUACCAAAAAGCCCCGUUGCUCAUUAAAAAACGUAUUUCUUAGCGUAAGCCUAGUCGAUUGUUAUCCAUUAAUUCUAUUAUUAAUAGGAGGCAUAAUCACAUCAUUUUUUGUAUUUUUUUCUGAACUAUAUUUUAAUUAUAAAUCAGCUACAACUAAUAUGAAUCAUGUUAUUUUUAUUAAGGAGGCACAAAAUUAAAAUAACUAAAAAAUGAUAAUGUUUAAUAGAGAUUUUCCUUAGAGCGUAGUAAUAAUUAUUUAAUUGUUAAAUAAUAGAAAAAUUACUUGCAUCAGGUUUUUUGUUUUUUUUUUUAAUGAAAAUGCCUUAAAAAUUUUGUUUAAAACAAGUAGUUUCCUUGAGUUUCAUCCGGUCUUUUGAUUCUCGAAUUUUGGUGAGAUGAUUGUGAUAAUGGUUUUAUUUUUGCAUUUAAUAAGAAAUGCGUUUUCUUCGAUUUGUUCAAGAGGGUUAAGUUAUAUUAUGCGAAUGUUAGGGAAAGUUAGAAAAUAGUGCCCUAUUAUUAAAAUAAAUAUUAAAUCAUUGUUUCAUUAGAAAGAUAAACGUCUGUUGGUUUUGUUCUUAAAUUCCUCUGACAUUUCUUAAAUAGAAAUUGAUAGUAUUUAUUUCAUACUUUAAUGGACGAUUUUUGAUGAUGAGACUGAUUAAAAUUAUUUCUUUAGGUAUUUAACCCAUGAAGAACUGGAGUUGCCAUAUGGCAACGCUGGCAUUGACGUACGAAACUUAUUAUUUUGAGGUUAUGUUAGUUUGUUUUGUGCCCAAGAACGUGCCGAUCUCCAGAAAUUAAGUGAUUUUAAGAUUUACUUAAAAUCACUUAACGUAACAAAAACUUAAUUCGUUCGUGUUUGUGAGAUUUUAUAUUCACCAUUUUUGUUAGUUGUGAAAAUGGAUAUAAGAUUUGUGUAAGUACCUCAAUUUGUCAA